GGCCAGCUGGUGUUGCACACUUCUCCUGAAGCUCAAUACACAGAUGAGGAUGGGACUGAAAGUUUAUGCUCAGACUCCAGUAAAACUGCAGAUCCGGAGCCAAUGAGACGACACGGUGACCACGAAGAUGCUGCUGUCCCGUCAGACAGCAACUGUAAAUCAAAGCUGACCAGGACCCACAUGGGGAAGAAGGUGUUUUCUUGCAGCACUUGCAGGAAAGAGUUCAGUAAAAGUAGUAUUUUAAUGGAUCACAUGAAGAUCCACACUGGCGAAAGGCCGUACUUGUGCAACACCUGCGGAAAAUCGUUUAGAAAAUUAUCAACAAUCGAAAAGCAUAAAAUGAUCCACAUGGGCGAGAAGCUCUAUGUCUGCAAAACAUGUGGAAAAAGUUACAGGCAAAAUUCCAGCCUGGUGAUUCACUCGAGGACCCACACCGGCGAAAGGCCAUACCUGUGCAACACCUGCGGCAAAACUUUUACUUCAUUAUCACAUCUUAAACGCCACAUAACCACGCACACGAGCCAGAAGCCUUACAUCUGCAAAACAUGUGGAAAAAGGUACACAGAACGUUCCGGCCUGCUGGUUCACUCGAGGAUCCACACUGGCGAAAAGCCGUACCUGUGCAACACCUGCGGCAACGCCUUUACUCAAUCAUCACUUCUUAAACGCCACAUAACCACGCACACGGGCGAGAAGCCCUACAUCUGCAAAACAUGUGGAAAAAGUUACAGGCUACGUUCCACCCUGGUGGUUCACUCGAGGACCCACACCGGCGAAAAGCCGUACCUGUGCAACACCUGCGGAAAAACCUUUACUGAAUCAUCAACUCUUAAACGGCACAUAACCACUCACACGGGCGAAAAGCCCUACAUAUGCAAAACAUGUGGAAAAAGUUACACAGAACGUUCCAGCCUGCUGGUUCACUCAAGGACCCACACCGGCGAAAGGCCUUACCUGUGCAACACCUGUGGGAAAACCUUUACUGAUUCAUCAGCUCUUAAACGGCACAUAACCACGCACACGGGCGAGAAGCCCUACAUCUGCAAAACAUGUGGAAAAAGUUACAAAGAACAUUCCAGCCUGCUGGUUCACUCAAGGAUCCACACUGGCGAAAGGCCGUACCAUUGCAACACCUGCGGGAAAACCUUUACUAAAUCAUCACAUCUUAAACGGCACAUAACCACGCACACGGGCAAAGAGCGAUAUUUGUGCAAGGCGUUUAGCCGCAGAAUUGAUUUGCUGAGUCACAUGAAAAAUCACCCGGAGGAGAAGUCUGGUGACUCGUGACAAAUGAAGCUCAUGUUGUCGUCCUCCGGGGGCAGCUGUCCACUCCUGUCUGACCCACAGAAGAAGAACCCGCAGAAGUCCAACCACCACCUCCUGUGGCUGAUGAGCCUAAUCCCCUCCCCACAAGGGUUGCAGGUUCAACCCGGAUUUAUGCUUCUCCGUCAACUUGAC